GGAGGAAGGUAAAUAUGAUAGGAGCACAUUGAAUUGACAACUUUUGAAUGUUGUACAAAGUAAAAAGAUCAAUGUUGCGCAAAAAAAGCGGUUGUGCGUGCGUGUGUGACAUUAAAAAAAGAGUUUAUUUGUGGUUUAUGCCUUUUUCUUUUUGAUUCGGAACAUAAACAUAUGAAUCUUCCUAAACUACAGGAAACGAUUGACAUACCUAAAGAAUUGCCUAUUUCUCGCCUUGUACUCAAUAUACCGAGAUCUUAUUCUUUAGAUGAUCAUGUACUACGCUACCAUCGUCGUCGUCAUCUUCAACUCAAUAAAGAGGACGAAGAAGGACUUUCAAGGUCAUUUUCAGUAGGCACUAAAGAAGAGAUGAAUCACCCAUUUGACGCGCCUAUUCACAGUGCAGAACAAUACAGUUACCCUGAUACGACACAUACAACAGAGGCGCCUCCUUUACUAGAUCAUGAAAUUCGUAUUCCAAAUCAAUAUGGUACAAUUCAUGCAAUGGCUGUACAAGGAUCAGUCAUUGUGAUUGGCACAUCGCAUAACCAUAUCCAUGCAUUCCAUAUACAAGAGAUCUCAGAAGCUUUGUUUAGUACUGUCAUACCUUCACCCAUCACUAUUCCUGUGGCAUCCAACACACUCAUAGAUUCAAUCAGGUGUCUUUGUUUUUCACCUACUUUUCGAGACACUGCUGUUGUCUGGGCUGGUACAGAGAAUGGCUCUAUACUAGCUAAGCAUAUGGAGACAGGUGAAGUCAGGACCAGGAAAAUCACAGACUAUCCCAUCAAUCACAUUCUUCGGCAUCGUAAUACUGAAUUAUGGACUAUGGAUACAGCAGGGAAUUUAACUAUCUGGCCCAUGAGUAUUGAAGAAUGCUUUUCAGAUACUUUACCCGAGCAUUUUCGAGUGCGCCCAUGUAUACAUCAUGUUGCGUUAUCUAACAACAGAUUAUGGACAUGUCUAGAAAAGACAGUGGAUUGUUUUGAUCGGACUACGGGUUCAGUUGUAUCAUUUACCAUAGACCAGGAGACAGUCGGAGAAAUUGUCCAGUUAAUGGUCUAUCCAGACACAAUCUAUACUGUCCAUGCAACAGGUCAAAUCAACAUCUGGGAUGAAACCACAUUCGAAAAGAAGCAAUGUGUCUCUAUUUCCACAGACCAGAUAACAACUGCUGUCACUGUAGACACACAUUAUGUAUGGAUAGGGUUCUUGAAUGGUAGCAUUGCUAUUUAUAACACAAAGUCAGAUCCAUGGAUCACUGUCAAAGUAUGGCAUGCUCAUACGCAUGCGGUGACUCAUUUGGAAGUGGAUGCGUUGUCCAGUACGACAGUGGUUAGUAUGGAUGUCGAGGGCCAUAUUGCUGUUUGGGAUGGACUAUUAUCGGAUUAUUGGAUAGAACAACAUAUGUUGACUCGAGUCAAUGAUUACUGUACUUUCUCUCCUAUUCAAGCCAUGAUUUGUUCAUGGAAUAUGGAUGCUGUGAAACCAGAAGCUUUGACAGACAUCGACAAAGAAAAGAUCUUGGAGUGGUUAAAUGGUAUGCAGAGUCCUGAUAUUAUCAUGAUUGGCGUACAAGAAAUUGUGGAUCUCGGCUCAAAGACAUUGACGGCGAGUAAGUUUCAUGUAAAAAGAUUGAGACCAUUGAAGAAGCAGAUGAACUCUUGACGCAUCGCUAUAUGCUUUGGUAUGAUUAUUUCAAAAGUGCGAUCAACACCA